GCCAAUAAUAGAAGGCUAAGCAAGCAAAAACUUAUUUUAGCAUAUUCCCGACGAAUAGAGAGAAUUGGCAUUCCUUCAUACGCCUUGCUCUCUCUCAGGCAUUUUAUCGAAUAAGUGACUACCCCGCAAUUACCGCUCCGUUUCGAAGACAAUCUUCCCAAAACCAUUUUAGUAUUAAGCGUGUAGGUGGUUUGUAGAAAGUGUUAUGGUUGUAAGACAUGGCCGGGUUUCUUUGUUACGGGCUAUCAGAAUACCACAUGCCUCACCAGACUGUUUCAUUAAAUCCAUCUCUGUUCCCAGAUCCUGCUCGGUGUCUCUGCAAUCUACUAUUGUCUCCAGUAUAAAGUUGAGUUUUGGAGGCUGGCUCUCCAUUCUAAUGUGCAGUAAUCCAUCCACUGAAGGACCAAAAUUACAAGUACGAAGAUUGGAGAUAUCUGACAAGAGCAGUUUCAUAGAGCUAUUGCAACAGCUAACUGUUUGUGAUUCUGUAUCAGACAAGGAAUUUGAAGAUAGGUUUCAAGAACUCAGCAUCCUGGGAGAUGACCAUGUUAUCUGUGUUAUAGAAGAUGAUCGAUCUGGGAAGAUCAUUGCAACUGGGAGUGUGUUCAUUGAAAAGAAGUUUAUAAGGAAUUGUGGCAAAGUUGGUCAUAUAGAAGAUGUUGUGGUCGAUUCUAAUGCUCGUGGAAUGCAACUAGGGAAGAAAAUUAUUGGAUUCCUCACAGAUCAUGCUCGUUCUAUGGGGUGUUAUAAGGUGAUUCUUGAUUGCAGUACUGAUAACAAAACAUUCUAUGAAAAAUGUGGCUUCAAGCAGAAAGAAAUUCAGAUGGUUAUGUAUUUCACUUGAAAAAUGUUUUAACUUAUUUUGUUUACAGUGAAAAUGCAAAUUUAGAUACCAAUUGGGGACACUAUUUUUAUGGGUUCUUUUAUUUUAUUUUAUUUUUAAUCCCAGUUUAUUUUUA